GGCGAAACCUCGAAACCUCCCUAUACAGCUCAAGGGACCUUCUAGCCAUUCCAUAACACUGUGUCGGUCGCUGCAGGACAAUCCUGACGCAGGCAAUAUCUCAUCACCUUGCGUGUGGUUGACCAAGGCCAACUGCCCAUCAUGUAUCCGGCAUUUCAGUCAAGCGACAAACCCUUCGAACGGUAUCCAGCCCGCCGCAGUGCCGUCCAUAGCACAAAGGCCAUGGUAGCAUGCACGCAGCCUCUCGCGGCGCAAGCAGGGCAAAAGAUUCUCGCAUUGGGAGGCAACGCUGCAGACGCGGCGGUUGCAGUUGCUGCGGCACUGAACGUGACUGAACCGUCAUCAACCGGGCUGGGAGGCGACGCUUUCUGCCUCUUUUACAACGCCAAGUCGAAGACGGUGCAUGCCCUCAACGCCUCUGGUCGAAGCGCAAAGAACACCACUUUAGAGUCGGUGCGACAGGAAUUGGGUCAAUCCAAAGGCAAAGUCCCGUUUGGAAGCCCGCUCGCGGUCACCGUCCCAGGAGCAGCCGCCGGCUGGGUAGACGCGGUCGAGAAAUUUGGGAGCGGGAAGCUGACACUAGAACAAAUCCUUCUGCCGGCUAUCGAGUUGAGCGAGCAGGGAUUUCCGGUCAGCGAGAUCUCAGCAUCGAUGUGGAAGAACGGGGAGGCCAAACUCAAGGCAGCCUCUCCCUAUGGCGUGGAUCUCUUGCAGUCUGAUGGUACGGCACCCAAAUUAGGCCAUAUCUUCCGCAAUCCAAAUCUGGCAGAGACCUUGCGGAUUUUGGCUGCCGAGGGCAAAAAGGGAAUCUACACAGGCCGUAUAGCAAAGGCAAUCGUCGAUGUUUUGCAAGUCAAAGGCGCGCACAUGGAACUGUCCGAUCUUGAUGACUACUUGAACCAAGCACAGUCGGAGACCGUGCCAAUAUCCCUCCAGUUCAGAGGACAGGGUAUCGCGUCUCGCGGUCAAGAUCAUUUUGUAGAGCUGUGGGAACACCCUCCCAAUGGACAGGGUGUUGUGGCACUAAUGGCGCUCGGUAUCUUUGAAGAACUCGAACGGACCAAGCAAAUUCCCACCUUCACCAAAGAAGACCACAACUCAACCGAAUAUAUUCACGCCUUGGCCGAGUGUCUUCGCAUCGCAUUCGCCGACGUGAAUUGGUGGGUGACCGAUCCUGAACAGAGCCCCGUCAAACCCGUGGAGCUGGUAUCGCGCCCGUAUCUUGCGGAGCGCGCGAAGCUGUUCAACAAGGACAAUGCGGGCCACCAUGCUAAAGGACAGCCGUUUGGUGGCGUCAGUCCAGCUCAGAACCGCAGCGACACCGUUGUAUUUGCCGUGGUCGACGCAGAUGGCAACGGAAUGAGUAUCGUGAAUUCCAAUUUCAUGGAAUUCGGGUCCGGCAUAGUCCCUGAGGGUUGCGGAUUCGCACUGCAGAACCGUGGCGCAGGUUUCCAUCUCGGACCAGACAAUCACCCUAAUGUGUAUCGCGGCGGGAAGAGGCCAUACCACACCAUCAUCCCGUGCCUAGCGACGCAGGGCCCCAGUCGAGAUUUGCAUUCGGUCUUUGGCGUCAUGGGUGGGCUCAUGCAGCCCCAGGGCCACGUCCAAGUACUGCUGAAUCAGGAGGUGUUUGGCAUGAAUCCGCAGGAGGCCGUCGACGCGCCUAGGAUCUGUAUCGAAAACCCUAUGCCGCCGAAAUUAGAUAGCAUCGGGUCGUUAUUUCUCGAGGAGGGAAUCGACGAUAGUGUCGCAGAGGCUUUGAGGCAGAAGGGACACGAUGUGACAAUUCUCGAGGGCUGGUCGAGGAAUCGCUUCGGUCGAGGUCAGGCGAUCAGGGUGAGGGUCGAUGAGUCAGGGCAGAGGGUAUUGACUGGCGGCAGUGAUGGGAGAGGAGAUGGUCAGGCUGUGCCUGCUUGAACUUGUUCUCAUGGCCAAAUCUGAUAUUUCUGAGACCAUCAAUCAGCUGUUUAGUGACCUGCUCGAUGUGCAUAUCUGUACUAAAAGUCACACUUCAAGCCACAGUUCACUUGCCAAAAAAAAGCUGACAGGACGACCAAGGAAGUUCAUGAGCUCGCCAGCGAUGGAUCAUCCGAUUCGACGCAGAGCGAGUACAGAUACCACAGAACAUCGGACAAAUGUCAACAAAAUGUCAACGCUCUCAUUGAACAUCUGUUCCUAUCAUUAUACAACAAAAUGGCUAAAUGAUUCCAGGAUCGGACCUGGAUUUUAAUUUCCC